UUUGUCAAAUAAAAUAGUAGUUUAAUUUAUUUAUCAAAAUAUAUGUAACAUUACAUAUUUGGCAAAUUGCCAUGAACUUCCGGUGCAAGAUAAAGACACACGCGGAUCUAUCGAGAAAAGAACGCGAAUAAUUAUAAAAAUAACUAAAAAGCAAGACUUAUUUAUUAAUUUUACAUUGUCUCGUUUUUAAAAUGUCCAAUAACGGUGCUCCGGACUCUUGGGAAAGUCAAGCGGACGUUAUAGGUGAACAAGGUGCAAAAGAUCCCAAUGAUAUGUCUACAAAAUUUUCCACGUUGAAUGUAAAUGCCGUGGAAUUCGUGCCUUCUUUUUGUAAGUCUUCACAAGGUAAUGAGAGCGAUGAUUCUCCUUCUUCGCCACAAAAAUCUGAAAGCGGGUCUUCGAACUCUGCGUCUGCAGAGAGUCCUGUCUUGAACGGGUGUGGUGAUGGUGGUGAAAGUGGUGAUGGUAGAGCAGCAUCCGCAUCACCCCGGGUGGAAGAACCGCCUCCCGUACCACCGGCUGCUGCUGAAGAUGCUCUCUUGCCUGUUCCCUCUGAUGUGUCUCCAACGGCCGACAGUUGGGAAGCUGAAGCUGAUGAUGCCCUGCUUACUCCGGAAGAAAACAAUGAUGCAGAUGAUGAGGAAAUUGAUGUACAGGAGGAUGGAGAAAUUGCAAAGAAAAUCCCUAAGAAGAAACCAGUCAGAGUUGAAGACACACGCAGCAAGAAGGAACACGUAAAUGUUGUGUUCAUUGGGCAUGUUGAUGCUGGGAAGUCUACAAUUGGUGGUCAAAUAAUGUCUCUUACUGGAAUGGUUGACAAGAGAACUUUAGAGAAAUAUGAACGAGAAGCCAGAGAGAAAUCUAGAGAGUCUUGGUACCUGUCCUGGGCUCUUGACACCAAUCAAGAAGAACGAGACAAAGGAAAAACUGUGGAAGUGGGCAGAGCGUACUUUGAGACUGACAAGAAGCAUUUCACUAUACUCGACGCUCCCGGGCACAAGAGUUUCGUACCCAACAUGAUCGGCGGCGCGGCGCAGGCGGACCUGGCGGUGCUUGUGAUAUCCGCAAGGAAAGGAGAGUUUGAAACUGGGUUUGACAGGGGCGGACAGACUCGCGAGCAUGCUAUGUUGGCGAAGACUGCCGGUGUGAAACAUUUAGUUGCCCUUGUUAACAAAAUGGAUGACCCCACAGUCAACUGGGAUGAAAAAAGAUACAAUGAAUGUCGAGACAAAAUCCUUCCAUACCUUAAAAAGCUGGGAUUCAAUCCAGCAAAAGACUUGUCUUUCUUGCCUGUAUCGGGGCAAACUGGACAAGGUUUAUUGGAAAGGGUAACUGAAGAAAUCUGUCCCUGGUACCGUGGUUCAUCAUUCAUUCAAUUGAUUGACGAGCUGCCAUCACUCAACCGCAAGAUGGACGGACCAUUCAUAAUGCCCGUUGUGGACAAAUACAAGGACAUGGGCACGGUGCUAAUGGGCAAGGUGGAGGCGGGGAUGACGCGCAAAGGGAGCACCCUGUUCCUUAUGCCCAAUCGAGUUCAAGUAACAGUUGACCAGUUAUGGUCUGAUGAUAUUGAGGUAACUUCCAUUGGUCCCGGUGAAAAUGUCAAAGUAAAACUCAAAGGAAUUGAAGAAGAGGAUGUCUCCCCUGGCUUUGUGCUGUGCGACACUGGGGACCCCAUCACAACUGGCAGAGUAUUUGAUGCCCAAGUGGUGAUACUGGAGCACAAGUCCAUCAUCUGUGCGGGAUACUCUGCCGUCAUGCACAUACAUUGUGCAGCUGAAGAAAUUACUGUUAAGGCGUUAAUCUGUUUGGUAGACAAGAAGACUGGAGAGAAAUCUAAAACGCGGCCGCGGUUCGUGAAGCAAGACCAAGUGGCCAUCAUGAGGAUAGAGUGCGCGGGCAUUAUCUGCCUCGAACCUUUCAAGAAGUUUGCUCAGAUGGGCAGGUUCACGUUAAGAGAUGAAAAUAAAACAAUCGCGAUCGGCAAAGUCCUGAAAGUAAUCGAGUAAACUUGGCACUAUGACUCAUAAUUUAGUUAGGAUAGGCCUUUCCAAAAGCUGUAUCAUCGGAGAAUGCAUGUAAUAUGUAAUUCUGAAUUUUGGGAUAUUAUGUGAGAGCUCGAGUGUGUCGCUUCAUCGUCGGUGUUUGUUGAAUUAUAGAGAAGCUAGUCCUCGCGGAGUAUAUCGGUUUGCGGCCACUGCCAUUGAGCAAAAUACACAUACAGCUAACUACAUAGAUGAGAGACGGUGGGAAUAUUUAUUAUGAGUGAAAUACAUAAUUCUUCGUUAUCGUCAGCCCAUUUUAACGGCUCAAAAGGCCAGGCCCAACUCCAUAGAAAAGGGUUAUGUAGCUUCGAUCCACCAAGCUGCUCCAAUGUGUGUUGUUGGGCCACAUAUACAUAUAUUCAUAACAAAGUUCAUCUAUCAGACGCAUAGAUAAGUGAAUUUGUUUGUUGCUAAACCACUUAACUAAUUUUUGGAUAUCUUUCACCAAUGGUAUGCUAAAAAUCCCUAUAUUCCCAUCGGAAUAAAAAUAAAAGUAAGAGAUUCACAUAUUAUGUAUUCAAUAUUGUAAAAACCUUGAAUGUUGUUGUAUACGCUUUUGUGUAAAACAUAUCUUCUGGAAUAUAUUUACUAUGUAUUUCAUUCAUAAUGAUAUCACACGAUUGUCUCGUAAAACGAAUGCAAUAACUUAGUGCUUUUUCUUUUUAACUAAAUAUAGAUACAAGUUACGCUAGCAACGUUAAAUAUUGUCAGAGCCAAUUUAUUGCAGUGACAUGCAUUUUUGACUUAUAAAGUUUGUACGACUAACAGAUAAAAAAUUGAUAUUGUAAUAUAAAUAAAGCAAUAAGGUUUGUUGAACUGUUGCGAUUCAUAUUGUGUAAACUUAUAAAUAAAUAGUUACGUUUUGACCAACACACAACUAUUUAGUAUUAUUUAUUUGUUUAAAUUUAAUUUUUAUUAUGAAACUAAAUUUUUUUGUAAAAAAUAUAUAUUUGUCUAUGGUAAGCGAUGCUUAACUUAUUGAGAGAAAUCCUAAUGAAAGUCGAGCGUCGCUGUCACAUAGACAAUUUUUUUCCACAUUUUACGAAAGAUAAAUUUUAUUUAUUUGUAAAAAAAAUAUAUUUUAUUGUGUCUAAUUGUCAAUGGUAGGUGUUCUACGUGCUCUUAUUUCGUGUAUGCACUACUCCGUAAUGAUGCUUUAUAUUAUAAAAUGAUAUUUUUGUACAUUUGCACAUCACAAUGUAAUAUAACUUGUCGCUUGGUAGGUGGAUUGGAUAACAAUGGCAAAUGUUUAUGUAAAGCAAUGUGUUAAAACAACAUUUAUAAAACACUAAUAAUAUUUAUGUAACGUAAUUCAAGGGGCAAAAUAAGCAUUUAGUAAAUAUUGCUAGCAUGAAAUAAUAAGAGCACUAUGAAACAUUGACUGCCUUGAAGGUUUAUGCUGUAUGUUUUUGUACCAUUGUUAUUCUGUCAUGGUCUGUUAUCCCAUUGUCCCAUUUGUAACUCCCAUGCCAAUAUUGGGAAUUGUCCGUAACUUGGGAUGAUCACUAACAGCUCUUCGAUAGAGUUGCAAUUGUUAUAAAAAUGUACAGAAUGGUGUCCUGAUAAUGUAUGAUGAAGCUCUCAUGUAUUGUUGUUAGGGUGACCAUCAUAUCACUUAUUAUCAGCAUAUCUGAGGGCCUAGUGGCAGUUUGACACUGUGACGAUCGCGUUAACGUAAAUGCGAAUUUCUAAGGAAUUGAAACAGCACCAUCUAGUGACGCUACUGCACAACUGUUUCAAUUCCAUAUAAAUUUGCGUUUACGUUAACGCGAUAGUAACAGUAUGAAAAUAUUGAAAACUCCCACUAGGCACACAGUUUAUAAAAUGGUAUGCCUUAUAUUUAUUUCUGUGCUGUAACAUGAGCUGUGCUCAAUUCAAUGGUGUUUCAUUAUGGUCAUUCUAACAAUACUAUGGUGAAACCCUAUAUUUUCACAUAUUAUGAAUUAUUAGUAAUUAUAUUACUGGGCCCCAUAUUUUUAAUGCAAGAUUGUUUUAUUUCAAAUAACUUGCUAUACUUACAUAUAAAUAAUAACAUAAUAUUUGUUUAUAUCAUCUUUUUACUAAGAAACAUUCGCGUAGAUCUUAACUAUUAUGUAUGUUUGAUUAAAUUGAUUAUGUUACUUGCAAUAUUUUUUAUAAAAGUAUGGUAAUAGAUGAUAUUUGAAUGCUGUAAUGACCAAUAUAGCUCUCAUCAGUGUUUCCACUACGGCUUACACAUACAAACAUACAAAGCUUUAGACAGUCAUGUACCUUAUCACAAUUACCGAUUUGAUGCGAUUUGUUAAUCCAUCCUCGUUUUAAAAUUUAAUAUUAUAUAAAGUUAACAUGAAAACACGAAGUACUUACACCAAACGAGACACGACAACGUUUAUGAAAUAUGAAUAACAUCGAUGCAUCCCGGGACGUUAUUAAGGAGUAUAAAAUAUCUGCUUAUUAAUAUAAUCAGUUUUUUACGACCGAGGCGAAAAUAUGUUAUUGUCAAUAUUUUGUGUAUAUCAGUGGACAAAUCGUGAGACGAACGUAGUCCCCCGACUCGGUUCACCUCUUGCUAUAGUUAAUUUGUCGACGCUUGUAGUGAGGGAGUAGUCGGACGGGGUCGUCCCCGACUCGGUUCUCCUCUUGCUAUAGUUAAUUUGUCGACGCUUGUAGUGAGGGAGUAGUCGGACGGGGUCGUCCCCGACUCGGUUCUCCUCUUGCUAUAGUUAAUUUGUCGACGCUUGUAGUGAGGGAGCAAUCGGACGGGGUCGUCCCUCAACUCUGUUCACCUCUUGCUAUAGUUAAUUUGUCGACGCUUGUAGUGAGGGAGUAGUCGGACGGGGUCGUCCCCCAACUCGGUUCACCUCUUGCUAUAGUUAAUUUGUCAACGACGCUUGUAGUGAGGGAGUAGUCGGACGGGGUCGUGCCCCAACUCGGUUCACCUCUUGCUAUAGUUAAUUUUGUCAACGACGCUUGUAGUGAGGGAGUUGUCGGACGGGGUCGUGCCCCAACUCGGUUCACCUCUUGCUAUAGUUAAUUUGUUGACGAGUGUAGUGAGGGAGUAGUCGGACGGGGUCGCCCCGCCCCGUAGUGCCUUUUAUGUUCCCGCGCGGGGUCCGCGUCCGUCUCGCGCGCCUCAUGCCGAAUGACAGCGUUUCGGUUGUCUGCAACUAUAUUAUUUUGUUUAAAAUAAAAGAAAAUUUUAUUAUA